GCGCUUUUAACGGGGACUUCCCGCUUCCGUGCACCUUUCCGAAGAACCUGUCCUUCCUCAUUUCUAAGAUCAUUUAUCUACAGCACGGGUCCCACUUUCUUUAGUGUGUUGCUUUGAAGGACAAGAAAGAGACCAACUUCCAAGACAGAUGGCCGACCAUACAGAAGAGUCCCCCCUGGCCACAGGGAGUCUGGCUGGCAGUGAAGAAGUCCUCGUUAUCCCCGAAGUUCCCUCAAGGAGCUCCAACAAACGUGCCUUGAAGGUGGCCGGCCUGACGACCCUGGCCUGUCUGCUGCUGGCCAGCCAGGUCUUCACUGCUUACAUGGUGUUCGACCAGAAGCAGGAGAUCCACUCUCUGAAGAAAAACUCUGAGAGAUUAGACAAACAGCUGUCCCGCCCAGUCAAGGCCCCAAUAAAGAUGCACAUGCCAAUGAGCAGCUUUCCUCUGCUGACGGACUUCACUUCAGAAGUGGAAACCAAGACACCCCUGACUAAACUUCAGGACACUAUUUCCAGCAUGGAGACUCAGCUGAAGGAUCUCAUGCAGCACCCCCAGCUGCCGCAGUUCAACGAGACUUUCCUGGCCAACCUGCAGAGCAUGAAGCAGCAUGUGAACGAGAGCGAGUGGAAGAGCUUUGAGUCCUGGAUGCGUUACUGGCUGAUCUUCCAGAUGGCCCAGAAGGAGCCUGCCCCCCCAUCCGCUAAGCCAGUCACUGUCAUCAAGACCAAGUGUCAGAUCAAGGCAGAACUUGGAGAAGCCAAGAUCGGUUUCUACAAGCCCCAGUGUGACGAGCGCGGGAACUACCUGUCCAUGCAGUGCUGGCACGGCACCGGCUACUGCUGGUGUGUGGACUCAGAGGGCACGACCGUCGAGGGCACCCAGAUGCGCGGCCGCCCCGAUUGUCAGACAGGGAUUCCUCGUCGUAUGGGCUUUGCACCUAUGCUGAUGCAGAAGACCCUCAUCCCUGAUGAUUAGGGAAGCGAAUGAAGCAAAGUGUGGUGGGUUUCUUUUCAUCAAGCUUUGCAGGCAGGAGAAAUCUGAGAAUUUAAGCUGGAUCCAGACCAGCAUUAAGUAAUUGUUUUGAUUGCUGAUCAGUUAGUGCACUCCCAUGUUAUCUGUUGAUUUGAACCAUUUUGCUGACCACUUAUUAUGAAGUCAUUAGAUCCCUGUUACACUGUGUUGCUUUUUUUAAUUACAGAGUGUUCUGAUUUUAACCAAGCUAUUCAUAUCAUAUACAGUAUAUUAAAGUAUAUGUGUAAAACGUGUUUGUCUUUAAAUAAUGCUUUAAGGGUUGUUUUCUCCAAAUUAUGUAUUCUUCAAACUUACUUCUAAUAAUAAAGAGACAGAGAUGGUC